AUGCCUUUUGAUGCUAAAAACUAUUCCAAUUACGAAUUUUUCACCAUCUCUCAAAUACAGCCUGGAUUUGUUCACGUUCAAUACACUAACCCCAAAACAUUGAAUGCCUUUACUGAAAAAAAUUGGAGAAAUUAUGGCGAAAUUUUCAAAAGAUUAGAUCAAGAAUCUGAUGUUCAAUUAAUUUUGGUUUCAUCUGGAGUUCCAAGAUCUUUUUCUUCUGGAUUGAAUUUAAAAGCUGCCAUGGAAUUAUUUGCAAGUGAAAGGCCAAGAGAUGAAGGCAUCAAACAUUUACAUGAACACAUUGUUGAUUUCCAAGAUGCUAUUGGUACCCCAUCAAGAAUCAAUACACCAACAAUUGGGGUUUUGAAUGGACUUAACCUUGGUUUAGCUCUUGAUAUGUCUUCUGCUUAUAGUAUCAGAAUUGCCGUCAAAGAUGCAGUAUUUUCCAUUGCUGAAGUCAAUAUUGGAAUUGCUGCAGAUAUCGGAUCUUUACAAAGAUUGCCAUCUGUUGUCAACAACAAAUCAUUGUUAAUGCAACAUGCUUUGUUGGGAGAUAAAUUUGGAGCUGAAGAAGCUUUGAAAUUAGGUUUUGUGAGUUGUAUUGUUGACUCAAUUGACGAAGGUGUUGAAUUUGCUAAAACAUUAGGUGAAAAGAUAUGUGAUGCACCUGCAUGGGCUAUUAAAGGUACCAAGAAACACAUUCAACAUAUAUUAAAUGGUGGUACCAUGGAGGAAGGCUUGAAGAGUAUUGCUAAAUACAAUGCUGUGAAUAUUACUGACAGCAAAAUGAAAUUAUAA